AUGAACAACUCACAGUUCUCGUUCCGCAAAAGACCCAUCUUUCGCAACACCUCGCAGUCGCAGAUCCCCGUGCUCGACAAUUACCCGUCGCAGCAGUGCGACGAGGCGUCUUACGACCCGGACCACCAAAGAUUUUAUUCCAAGUACAGGGGCAUACUCAAGGACAAGGACGAGCCGCCGGAAGAGGUUCUGCACAACCCAGAGUUCGAAUAUAACUACGACGACAAGAUCAGAGCACCACGGGUGUCGCUGAUCAAUCCUAAUUUCAAGCCUGAGCCUCAUGACAAGGAACCACAACAGCUUGAUCUGAGGACGGGAAAUAACGACUACGUCACGUCGGAGUCGAACACAGAGUACCAGCCAGCCAGCUUCGACCUGUCGAAGCCCACAAGACAGUACUCGGAGUCGUCAGACGACAGAAACAGUGUUCCACCGUUGGGCGAGUUGAGACUUAAAUUACACAGUGAACCCAAAAUAAAAUAUGUUCCGCCGGUGCUGCGGCAGACGCUCGUGAGCGACACGGAGCAGCAGGACACGGUACAGCGGUCUGUGUCGGAGCCAAGCGAGCCGAGCCAGGAUUCCCGCACGUCCGAAAACGUAGAGUCGUCAAAAUCAGACAUAGCUCUCCACAAGGUGCUGUCCAACUCCUCGAUCCCGUCCAAAGGCGUGGAGCCCUCGCAUUCGCAUUGGAAACCCAACCACUCCACAAACAGAUGCACAGGCUGCAAAAUGUUGUUCUCGCUGGUGCGCCGCAAGCACCACUGUCGCCACUGCGGCGAAAUAUUCUGCUACCGCUGUGUUCAGAACAGCGCAAACCUCAACGUGCUGGCCAAGUUCGAGAAGCCGGACCUCGAGAACGGCAAGAUCCUCGAUUCCGGAGGCGGCGUCGUGAAAAACGCAACAUACUGCAAGUUCAGUAAAGUAUGCGACCGAUGUUUCAAAGACUGGCUCUUGUUCCUCCAGAACGAUACCGACUACGAGUCGGAAGUCCAGCUGGAGACCCCCAAAGAGGCACACGACGCUAAUAGAGACCGCAUGAACUCCGAGUCAAGCAAGUCCGGUGUCCCUAACGACUGGACAUGGAGCUCCUUCUAGCAGCUAAGUCUAGGCAACCGUGUUGUUGACCACCAGCUUGGCCAGAUGCUGGAAAAACGUCUUUAAACUCACGUCCUCUGUGUGAACAACAGUGCUGGCGGGAUCGCUGUCGGCAACGUAGCCGCUCAUGCCGCCGCCAGUACCGAUGUUGUUGUCGUUCUCGGAUGGAUUCAGCUUCGAGUACAGGAAUCUGGCCUGCGACUUGCCCUCAUCACAUGUAACGUAUCUAGGCAGUGGGAACCUGUCAGCAAUCAGCGACGCAGCCUCCUCUCUCGAUCUCUCAAUCAUAUCAUAAACUCCAGGAUACUCGUCUCUAGGGUAGUUUGCGUCUCUCCACUCGGCUGCUAUGCUGCCAAAGUAGAUAACAGUGUAGAAGAACGCGUCCAGCAGUAGCACGGCGUCCGGCUUGAGCGAGGCAGAGUCCAGCAGAACAGGCUCCGGCUCCGAGCCGUCGGCCAUGAACCUCACAAGAGUAGGCUGGAUCAUCACCAGCGAGUCUCUCACAUCGGUUCUGAGCAACGUGUGGUGAUAGAACGCGGUUUCAUCGGGAGAACAGUUGAAAACUUGCAGGAACUGGGACCUUCUCAAAUGGUAGAUGAAUUGCGGAAGCAAGCUAAACUUGGACGAUAAUCUGAAGGAGUUAGGAUCGUUUCUGGAGUAGUCUCCAAAAACGGUGCACAGCUUGACCAGAGACUUGUCAAUCCACCUCAAAAGAUCCGAAUAUUCGCCACCGUUCUCCAGCUUGUGAACAAUCAGUCUUGCAUACAACACGGCUGCCGCCUCCUGGUCAAACGUGUUUGAUAGCUCAGUAGAGUUGGACGUCAAUCUGCUCAACGUUGUCACUCUCAUCCGGACAGUACCGUUGGUGUGUCUAUAGGUAGUCUGGAACUGGAUGUGGACCUCUGGAACCGAUGAGUUGCGUUGAUCAGCAGCACCGACAGUUUGCAUGUCGAAGAAUAUACCGUAUGUAUGUCGUGGAGACACGGACGGAAGGGCCCAUUUGUUGGUGAACCCGUUACCAACUUCGACAUCAGCCACAUUCUUUCCUUCUUGCUUUAAAGAUGUGGCCAGACCCACCACACCUGCGACCUUCAGUCUUUGAGAGGUGAACACCUCCAAAGAGCCGUCGAAGUAGGAGAAAGGAUAUCCUUCCUCAUCCUUAUUGAAGCAUGCAAAAAAUGAGUUUUUGAAGAUCGAGGUUUGGAAAGAGUCUGUCACCACAAUCGUACCUCCCGUCUGGUUGCUUAACGAUCUCAUCUCGUAGAUACCGGUUUGAUCAUAGCAUCCAGCAAAAAUGUCAACGCUGAAAGUGGCAGUAGAUUGAGGGUCAAAAAAUUUGUCUUUCACGUCUUUCUUCACCUGAGCCGCUUUAGUAGUAAGCUUCUUGUAAAAUGCAACAGCUUUCUUGUAGUGCUUGGCUGUGCCCUUGUCAAUGUCACUGUGGGAUCUAAUGGGCUCCUUCAGCUCUGUACCCACAAUUUUUCCCGGUCCAAAUGUACAUGGGCCACCAACAAAUAGUGUCACUUUUGCUGCGCAUUGCAAAAAUGAGCCUUCAACAAGGCAGGAGGCGAUGCUGAGGGCUGAACCCGUCACUCGGAUCGCUCUGUGGCCCGGUUCGACUGUCCAUUUGGAGACUUCGAGCGACUCGAUGGUUCUGGUGAUUUGGAACUCGGCCUCUGGAUCGCUUAGCGGCAGAAGGAAUUUGUUGAUGGUUCCUCCAGUUUCGAAUUGCUGUAUCCAGUUCUUGGCGCCAUUUCCAUAGAUGCCUAGCUGUUUCUGCACUUGCACAGAUUCGUACUCCUUGUUGCCACUGAAAACGUAUUUUUUGAAGCAGGCGUCGAAAUUCAGUUCGUGCACAUUUACCACCGAGUCAAAUGUGAUCAGACCAAUCAGAGAUCCUGGUGGAUGCAGAGACAAAGAGGUGAUCAGCAGGUCUUUGAGUGCUUGCAGAUCUUCAGGCUCCUGACACAAGUCAAUGACAUAGAUGAAAGCUGGUGGAGGAGGCGAAGGAGUUUUCGUCAACACAUAUUCGAUGGUCGAUGCUUGUGGAGUCAGCUCAAUUGGCAGGUUCUCCGCUGAAAUAUUGGAAUAAUGCAUCGGGAGUGGGUUUCUGGACAAGCAGCAUGUACAUGUCCAUGUUUUAGAUCCCAAAUCGAUCUGAGAGAACACGUUCAACACUGCCCGACAUCUUCUGCACAACUGUGGGUCGUAGGCUGCCACAGGCAAGUCCUCUCUCGCAAGAAGUGGAGUGUAUAGACACCCAACAGGAGCUGCCAUGUUCUCGGCCUCCUGUCUGGUCACAGGAAAGGCAUUCCAGUUAAAACGAACUCCAUCGAUGUCUUCGAUCUCGUAAAUGUCCGCCAUGUUCAAUUAAGCUUUAUAUUUUGCAGGUAUCGGCGGAAAAAGAGCGGAUCAACACACACAAAUGCAAGUUUCUAUUUGAAGGGUUAAGAGCUUGUUUUACGCACUGGAAAGUAUAAAAUCGCUCCACAAG